AUGCCAGGUGUUCCUUUCGACGCGUUCACCAACCUGAAGGCGAAGCUCAGGGCUGCCUUCAAGAAGCCCACCGAGAAGAGGGCGCCCAAGCCUGUCGAUCAUGCUAAGCCCACCGAGGCUGCUGCCGAUGCUGCUCAGCACGACCCCGUUGCCGCCGCCGCUCCUGUUGCUCCUGUCGAGGAUGCCACCAAGCCCGCUGCUGCUCCCGCUGCCCCUGCCCCUGCCGCUGCUCCUGCCGCCGCUCCUGCUCCUGCCGCCGCUCCUGCUCCCGGCGCCGUCGAGCUAGCUGCCAACGAGGCCCCUCAAGAAGCCCCCAAGGAGGUCGCCAAGGAGGAGACUCCCGCUGCCGCUCCCGCCGUCGCCCCCGUCGAGGUUUCCGCCGAGCCUCCCGCUGCCAAGGCUGCUCCCGCCGAGCACGCUGCUCCCGCCGUCGUUGCUGCUCCUAACACCCAUGUUCCUAUUGUAACCCCCGCUCCUGUGGUCGCUGCGCCUGCGGUAGAAGCCCCAGUGGUUGCUGCUGCCGCUGUUCCCGUCACUGAAGAGAAGGAGGAGGUCAAGGAGGAGGAUAAGGAGGAGGAGCAGACUGCUGCUCCUGUUGUUGCUGCCCCUGAGGUUGUUGCUAUCCCUGAGGUUGUUGCUGUCCCUGAGGUUGUUGCUGCCCCUGAGGUUGUUGCUGCCCCUGAGGUUGUUGCUGCCCCUGAGGUUGCUGUUCCCGAGAAGAAGAAGGAGGAGGAGAAGGACGUUUCUUCUCUUCCCGAGGUUGUCAGCAGCCCCUUCGAGAUUCCCGAGAUCGCCGCCCCUGAGUUCGCUGGUGCUCCGGUCGCUCAUGAGGCUGCUGUUCCCGUGUCCAUCGCUCACGAGAAGGAGCCCGUUGCUGUCCCCGCUGUUCACGAGGUCAAGAAGGUUGUGGAGGAGGUUUCCGCUGCCCCUGCUGAGACUGAGACUCCUGCUCCCGUAGCUGCCAUCGCCGAGCCUCCCGCUGCCGUCGCCGCUCCCGCCGAUGCUGCUGCCCCCGCCGUUGUUGCCGCCCCUGCCGCCCCCGCUGCCGAGGAGAAGAAGGAGGAGGAGAAGAAGGAGGAGGCUGCUGCUGCUGCCACCGCUUAA